AUGGCGGCCUACGUGGACGACAUGCUGGUGAAAAGCCGAGAAGAAACUAACCAUGCGGAGGAUUUGGCCGGCUGCUUCCAGGUGAUGCUUAUAUACAACCUUCGACUUAACCCAAAAAAGUGUGCAUUCGCAGUGCAAGGUGGGAAAUUCUUGGGAUAUAUGGUGACUAAGAGGGGCAUCGAGCCCAUCCCCGAGAAAGUACAGGCCAUCAUAGACAUGCAGCCUCCCAGCACCGUUAAGGACUUGCAGCGGUUAACUGGUCGACUGGCUACCCUCAGUCGCUUCCUGAGCAAAGCGGCAGAUAAGGCCGUGCCCUUUUUCGAAGCUAUUAAGAAGAAAGAGGGUUUUGUGUGGACGGCCGAGUGCCAACAGUCAUUUGAAGAGCUAAAAAGAUAUCUUUCUACACCGCCGGUGCUGUCCACCCCUCAGGUUGGGGAGCCAUUGUUCUUAUACUUAGCAGCCUCCCCCAGAGUGGUGAGCUCAGUGCUUGUCCGAGAAGAAGAGCGUGCCCAGCACCCGGUAUAUUACGUAAGCCGUUCUUUGAAAGCCGCUGAGGCGCGGUACACGCCCUUGGAGAAGAUUGUCUAUGCAUUGAUGACCACUGUGCGUAAAUUGGCGCCUUACUUUCAAGCCCAUACCAUUCGGGUCUUGACUGAUCAACCCCUGGGAAGCGUAAUGCGAAAUCCCAUGUCAUCUGGUCGGCUUGUGAAAUGGGCAGUAGAAUUAACUCAGUAUAGAAUCGAGUACCAGCCUCGACCAUCAAUCAAGGGGCAGGCCCUAGCCGACUUCUUGGUCGAAUGCACUGCAAGGGAAGGCGACAAGCGGGACGCUACGGAAAAUAAUUCGGGCGAAUGGUGGGAGAUGCAUGCAGAUGGAGCAACAAGUCUUCAACAUUGUGGCGGUGGAGUCAUGUUAAUUACACCGGAAGGAUUCCGGCUUUACUAUGCUUUAAGCUACCUGUUCCCGACAUCUAACAAUGAGGCCGAGUACGAAGCUGUGCUAGGUGGCCUACGACUCGCCAAGACACUGGAAGUGGAGCACCUACGAAUUAAGACCGACUCUCGUCUGGUGGUCGGACAGAUAUCCGGGACAUGCGAAGCUAAGAACGCUCGGAUGGCCCAGUAUAAAGAAAAAGCGAUAGAAUUGCUAAAGGGAUUUGGAACGUACGAGAUAGAGUACAUUUCGCGAGCUGAAAAUACAGAAGCCGACAUACUGUUAAAGAUCGCUCUAGAGGGUGUGCCGGAUCACCUCGUCAAAAUCUGUCAAAAAGAGGAACUGGUUCGACCUAGCAUAGAGGAAACGACCUUGGAGAUUCAACAGGUAGCGAUCGAGGUAUGGGACCGGGAGAAGAAUCCUAAGAUGUUCUGGAUCGAAGACAUCCGGCGAUACAAGGAAAAGGGGGAGUUGCCAGAGGAUCCCGGGGUCGCCGCCCGGGUCCGUCGCAAGGCCCCGUCAUUCGAAAUUAUCGACGGAAAGUUGUACAAACAAUCAUUCGGAGGUCCCCACCUUAGAUGUCUACUCAGGCCCGAGGCGGAAAAGAUAAUGGACGAGGCCUAUCGCGGAAUCUGUGCUGCCCACCAAGGUGCCCACACUCUCGCCCGAAAGUUAGUCGUCCAAGGGUACUACUCGCCCACCAUGAUGAGGGACUACAUCGAAUGGAUAGCCAAGUGCGUGGUUUGUCAAGCAUUAGCUCGAAAAGAUACUCGGCCCGCCACAUUCUAUACGCCAGUCACCACGGCCAUCCCGUUUGCAAAAUGGGGGAUCGACUUGCUGGGCCCGCUGCAAGUCGCCCCCGGACGUUUGAAAUUCUGUGUUGUAGCCAUCGACUACUUCACUAAAUGGGUCGAGGCCAAGCCGCUAGCCACCAGCACCCAGUACCAGUGUCGACGCUUCCUGUGGAAGAAGGUGAUCUGUCGCUUCGGACUGCCUGAGCAUAUAGUUAGUGAUAACGGCCAAUAG